AAUAACCACGGAAGUAGAAGGAAAAAAAGAGGAGAGGUGGAGGAGGUCUUGUUGCAGCUUUCUUUUAUACAGUCUAUGGUUGCAGCGCUACAGCUGUCGAUGAAAAGGCCGAAUGGCCGGCAGCAGGCUAGAGAGGGUCGGAACCGUGUUUACCCGGGUUCGAGAUCUGAUGCGCUCUGGGGUCGUGAAGCCAACAGAGAAACCUGUCUGGUAUGAUGUAUAUGCGGCUUUUCCACCAAAGAGGGACCAACUUCACUUGAAGCCACACAUCAGACCCUGGACGAAACAGGAGACUGUGCCUGAAAUCUUCUAUAGGGAGGAUGGAGUUAGAGCGAAGUUCUAUGAACAGUAUGGGACGGGUCCUCGGCCUAUUGAUCUUUCCAAAUCAAACUUUGUUUCUGCGUGUCAAAGGUUUGUAGACAAGUACACAGAAUUACAGAGCAACAGUGAGCUGGGGGAGACUGCUCUGUUUGAGGAGACUGGGAAGGCUUUACUCACAGAUGGAAUCGUGCUGAGAAGGAGAGGAAUUCCUCCUGUUUCAGCAGAGAACAGGGAUCCAGUGCUCGAGCUGAAGCUAACAGACAUGUUGGCAGAGCAGCAGUCGGUCGGUGCGAACAACGAGGAGACAAUGGAGCACACCACGCACAAACUAUAGACCUCAGCAACUCAAGGAUCAUUUAAUGAGCUGCAGAUUCUCCAUCAUAUAUGCUGUUGGACUUUUAGUAACUAGUUCUGUUUUUGUUCCUCCUGUGGAAGUGAUGGUCAUCUAUACAAAACUGCUUUAUUUUAACCACCAAUUCAUGACAGGGAUUGUAACCAAUUUCUGGAACUGGUCUGUGAACUGUUGCAUGCCAACUUCAUGUUUCCUAGGCUAAUGUCAUUUCGAUGUAAAUUUCCACAGUGUGCUGCACCACCAGCAGGAUGUUGUCAUUAAAGGAUCAAAAGAGCUACAACCCAGUCUACAUUGCUGUUGAGAAUGGCCCUAAACAAAAACUGGAAAUAGUUAAUGCACAUACAGUAUAUGGAAGUGUGUAUAUGUGUGAGGAAAGUAAAUGUGUUUUCAGUUACUUGUAUAACUUGAUAUAUUUUUAAUUUUCCAGGCCCUCCACUCCCAUUUUCAGAUUGAAAUGUGUUCUCAAGUUAGAGGUAUUCUACAUGGGGGGACAUGUGCCCCCCCCCCCCCAAUUUCAAAAUCUGUUUUGUCCCCCCCACUUUUUUCCAUCGAUUUCGGAAGUUUGCUCAUAGCCGAGGCGGUUUGAAUGACUAAUGAAUCAAUCAGACACUCCGCAUCCGACAUGAUCAAAUGGUUGAAAUGCGGACAAAAAUCACGUAGGCCUACAGAAAACACGUGACACAAGGCAAAGGUGGUGCUGAAAAGUUAAGGGAGGGGGAAAAACUUUGCUCGAAGCAGGUGCAGCAAAGUGCUUCAAUAAAUUUCUUUUGUGCUGCUGUUACUUAUAGCCUAUACCUGAAUACAGAAGUGAGGACUCCUGCUGCAGGGUGGGUAGUAACUUGUUACAAAUAACGCAAAUUUGCUAAAUAAAUAAAAUUUAAAAAGUAA